AUGAGACGACCCCUGCACCUCCACCUCUCCGCUGCCCCUGGCGCACCGGCCCUGGUAACACUAUUGCUGCCGCUACUGAUGGCGCAACUCUGGGUCGCGGAGGCGCUGCUCCCGGGGAACGAGACUGACUUGGACAUUGCGGCCUCCGGCGCCCCGUGCGCACGUGGCUCGCAGCCCUGGCAUGUCUCCCUCUUCAAUGGCCUCUCGUUCCACUGCGCGGGCGUCCUGGUGGACCAGAACUGGGUGCUCACGGCCGCGCACUGCUGGAACAACAAGCCACUGUGGGCUCGAGUUGGAGACGACCACCUCCUGCUUCUCCAAGGGGAGCAGCUACGCCUGGCUUCUCGCCCUGUUAUCCACCCCAAGUACCGCCAAGGCUCGGGCCCCCUCCUGCCCCGGCGAACUGAUGAGUACGACAUCAUGAUGCUGAAACUGGGCAGGCCCGCAGUGUUGGGGCCCCGCGUGCAGAAGCUGCGGCUGCCAUACAGCUGUGCCCAGCCCGGGGAUGUGUGUCAGGUCGCUGGCUGGGGGACCACAACUGCCAAAAAAGUGAAGUACAACAGAGGCCUAAGCUGCUCCCAGGUCACUCUCCUGACCUAUAAAGAGUGUGAGGUCUUCUACCCUGGCGUGGUCACCAGCAAUAUGAUUUGUGCAGGACUGGAAAGGAGCCAGGACCCUUGCCAGAGUGACUCAGGUGGCCCUCUGGUGUGUGACGGAACUCUACAGGGGAUCCUCUCCUGGGGCGUUUAUCCCUGUGGUUCGGCCAAGCACCCAGCUGUCUACACCCGAAUCUGUAAGCUAGUUCCGUGGAUUGAAAAGAUCAUACGCUCCAACUAA